ACGUAAAUAAGAGUUAUUUUUAUAGUUUUAAUAAAAAAAAAAAAAAUAAACAAUGAAUAAUAGUAAAAAAAUUAAUGUAAGUUAUUCAUCAUUAGUUGGUUUAAAAGCAGAACUUCUUCGCAAACAUGCUGAAGUUGAAGAAGUCAAAGCUAAGCAGGCUGUUACAAAGACAAAUUUACCAAAAGCUAAAGUUAAAACAAAAACAAUUAAAAAUAAAGAAGAGAAAAAAUUUAAUAAUAAAUCAGGAAAGGUAACAGAAAUUGAAGAUAUUAAUUUGCUAAAUAAAUCCAAGUACAUGCUUGAAGCUAAAUCUAAGCUUUAUGAUAAAUUAAAAAAACAAGGAUAUCGAGGAGGUAAUAAUAAUGGUAAUGAUGAUGAUGAUGACAGUAAUCGCUAUUUAGUGGAUUUUUCAAAUAAAUCGGAUGAAUCAGAACCUGAAAUUCAUCGAGAAGACGAUUAUGAUGAUUACGCUUCAGAUCCAGAGGAAGAUUGGGUUGAGUAUCAAGACUGUUUUGGGCGCACGAGGAAAUGUUUGAGAAAGGAUUUACCUAAAAUGAAAGAAAAGGAUAAUUUAAUUAAAGAGGAAAUUGUCGAAAAAAAGGUUGAAAAUGAAAAUGAAAAUAACAAUAAAACACAGUAUAAAUUUAUUCCACCAGAAAAAGAACCAGAAAUAGAAAUAAUGCGAAAAAAAUGGGAAGAACAAGAAGAAAAAUUAACUCACAAAUCAGAUAUUCAUUAUCAGGAUGUUUUGUUCGAUGAAGCAAGAAAUCAUGGUGUUGGUUACUAUGCUUUUUCGCAGGAUGAAGAAGAGCGAGCUAAACAACAAGCCAAUCUUGCUAAACUACGGAAAGAAACUGAACAAAGACAAAAAGAACUUGAAGAAAUAAAAGAAUUAAAAAGUAAAAUGGAGUUGAAUAGAUUGAAAGCUGCUAGAGUUAGACAAAGGAUAAGAGCUGGUCUACCACCAGAGCCUACUGAAGAAGAAAUUGCUAAAGACAGUCAGGCAACAACAGCUGAAUCUUCUUUACCUGAAUCAGCGACUGCUGACUGCCAGCCAGCUGCUUCAACUGCUUCUGAAUCAGAAACUUCAACUGAAGCCAAUAAUUUUAAAGAUUCUGAGCAUCAAGAAAAAAAUAAUUUGAAGACUAUUGAAGAUAAAAUCAAGGCAUUUGGAGAACUUCUAGGGAAGCGGCCGAAAUGGCGAGAAUUGUCUCAAGAAGAAUGGAUUCAAAAACGUCGCAAAGAUCGUCAUGGUGAAUUCGCUCCGGUUUAUGAUAAUUUUACGAGUAGAGGAUAUUUAAAACAUAGCAAGGACUACCAAUUAGUAGCAAAACAACUUGACGAAGAAGAUGAUCCUCUGAGACUUAAAAUCAAUGGACCAGACCCUACAGAUUUAUGGGACGAAUAUGGCCCAGACAAUCAAGAUCAAGAGGAUGAUGAUGAACAAAAAGUGAAACCUUCGGAUGCUAUUAUUACUCCUCAAGUAUCAAAUGUUGAAAAUAUUCAAAAUUCUUCAUUGUCAGCUCCGUCAGAUAUUUCUACAAUUGAUUUUUCACAACCUCCUCCACCGACUCAUUUUAUACCAACACCUGUAUCCAAUUCUUCUGUGCAUCCUCAUAGGUCUAGUGAAGUUAAUCCACCUGUAACAUCUCAUCAUUCAAGUGAUUCAAGUGACGAUGACUCAGAUAUUAUUGGACCACUUCCACCUCCUACAAUUACUGAGGAUAAUUUCAAUUUAUCACAAAUUCCACUUCCAAGUGAUACUCCGCCUGGUAAAAAUAAAGAGAUUACAAGUACAAAUAAAAUAAAUGUAGAUAGUAAAAAAAUAGACGAAAUGUUGAAAUAUUUACGAAAUAAGUUUGAUAGUGUAGAUAAUUAAUUUGUUUUAUUUUUAUGUAUUUAUCAAUGUUAAUAAAUAAAUUUUUG